UGGCAUGCAGCGCUCCGACACUUCAGCGCAUCCAUGGUCGAGCGCUCCGAUAUCCACAUCCUUCCUGCGGCGGAGUGAGCAAGCGCCCCCCCGAAAGACGGCGAGGUCGACGGGCGCGAGGAGACGAACGUGUGGCCGGAGCGAGCGCGGGGAUCCGGUGCUCCUUCCACUCCCCGAUCUAUUUAUGCCACCCGCUAACUGCAUCGCAACUAGAACUCGUCGGUGCAGAGAGAGUCCCCUAUCUCGAUCCCUCUCUCGAUCCGUCCUAGCUAGCAAGCAGCCCCACGAGCAAGGAAGGCGAAGAUGUCGUGGCAGACGUACGUGGACGAGCACCUGAUGUGCGAGAGCGAGGGCCACCACCUCACCUCCGCGGCGAUCGUCGGCCACGACGGCACCGUCUGGGCUCAGAGCGCCGCGUUCCCGCAGUUCAAGCCCGAGGAGAUGGCCAACAUCAUGAAGGAUUUCGAUGAGCCGGGGCACCUCGCCCCGACCGGCCUGUUCCUUGGACCCACGAAAUACAUGGUCAUCCAAGGCGAACCUGGCGCUGUCAUCCGUGGCAAGAAGGGAUCUGGCGGCAUCACGGUGAAGAAGACUGGGCAGGCACUCAUCAUUGGCAUCUACGACGAACCGAUGACUCCCGGGCAGUGCAACCUGGUGGUGGAGAGGCUCGGCGACUACUUGAUUGAACAAGGCAUGUAGCCGCCUAGAUGAUGGAUGGUUCCAAUAACAAACACAUUGCAUGUUGCCGCGUUUGCCUGGGCCUGGCCCUUGUUACCACUCUGCCUAUUGCUCCUCUGAACAUUUUCAAUUCUGACUUCGUCGCUUUGGUUCACAAUUUUUCGAUCAUUUUGGCUGCUGUAUUGUGACUCGUGUGUAAUGAACACUCUUACGAGUGUCUUCGUCUAGUUUGUAAUGCAGGCACUAGGCAGAUAUAUUUUGUGCAA